UUCACUAGGUGGUUAACAUACAAAGCAGAGAAGCAGCACCACCAACAUCAAAAGACAGCAUGCCUCCAGAAGAAAAACCAAGAGCUACAACCGCUAAAAGGGCCAUCAAAAAGCUCCGAACUGCCAGCCUUGUCAUCAGCUUAGCACGAGGGUGGCAGCAGUGGGCAAAUGAUCACAACACAAAGCAAGCUCAGGAGCCCUCAGGGUGGGUGCCCAACGCAGAAGAAAAAACAACUGAUCAACGAAAAGAACGACUGUCCUCAAGAUGGCCAGUUUCUGCUAAGAAAGGCCAAGGGAAGGCUGAAGAAGAGUCCCAAACAAAGGAGUCAGUGACAAAAGGGGAUGUUGAAAAGGAUUCAAGUGAAUCUGAUGAGGCUCUGAGGAAGCUCAACAUUAAAACUAAAGAAGUGACCAAAACAGUUGUAAGUAAACUCUAUGAAAAAGGGAAUGACAUUAGCCUCCUCAGUAAUAGAUAUGAGAAAGAUAAUGAGAGCUCUGAAACCGGCUGGCACAGGGAGGAAUUGAGUGCUAUCGACAAAACCCUCACUGGCAAAAUGUCUCCUACAAGAAGGAGAAAGUGCUCAAAUCUGGUGUCAGAACUGACCAAGGGCUGGAGACUGAUGGAACAAGAUGACAAAGUUCAAGAGUCAGAGCUGCAGAAGUGCCGAAAUGACAGCAUAGAUACAGAAGACAGUGGCUAUUGGGGGGAAGCAGAGGAUAAACUUGAACAAGAAGACAGUGACCAGGAAAAGGUGACCACUGUGAGAAUUAAAAGACCCACAGCAUCACUUGCAAGCAGGUUCACAGAAGAACUUAGUAACAAAGCCCACAGGAAAUACAGACCUGUUAACAAUCUGAAGUGCAGAUGGCAAGACUGGGCGGACCAGCAUGUGAUAAUGCAAAAGCUGAAUCCAUUCAGUGAGGAAUUCGAUUAUCAGAUGGCCAUGUCUACACGUCUUCACAAAGGAGAUGAGGGCUAUGGUUAUCCAAAAGAAGGAACUAAAACAGCUGAAAGGGCCAGGAGAGCGGAAGCCCAUAUUCACCGGGAGAUGAGAGACAUGUGCUUUAUUAUUGCAUCAAUGGCUGAGCCAAAGCGUGAUGGCAAGAUUCAGGUCACCUUUGGGGAACUCUUUGAGAGAUACGUCCGUAUUUCAGAUAAGGUUGUUGGCAUUCUCAUGAGAGCUAGAAAGCAUGGGCUGGUGGACUUUGAGGGAGAAAUGCUAUGGCAAGGCAGAGAUGAUGAUGUCAUUAUUACUUUACUGGCAUAACGAGAAAAUUCGCCAUCAUGGUACAACUUGAAAUGUGUCAGUUUUUUCUCAGUGCCAGAGAAAAUGUACUAUGCAGUUGAAAAGAUGCAGAAAAGAUAUAAAUUAAUGCUGCUUUACAUUCACACAAAAUUACUUCCUGUUACAGCAAGCUCCUGCUGUUCUCUUUGUACCAACAGGUUGUGCAGGAUUACAAAGUUAUUAGCUUAAAAACUGUGAUACAUGUGUUAAAUUUACCAGAAUAAAUAGAAGAACAAAAUUGACAGAGGUAGCUCCAGAUCAAUUCCAAAUCUGAUUUUCUUUCACAUACAAGAUCCCGUAGAAGAAAUGCAUUUAAUUCUCAUGUUGGAUCAGAAGUUUACUGAGGACAGAACUUUGACCAGUAUUGUGAUCUAUAAAACUGACCGUUCAGUCCCGUUUCCAGAUUUUACAAUUAAGAAAGUAAAAAAAAACCCAGCUGUUUAAGUAAGUGCCUGCAAAUGGAAUUUGAUUGAACUGGUCAUUAGCAUUUACUGUUACAGCAACCACAUUUAUUUCCUGUUCUAAAUAUAGCUAAAUGCUACAGCAGAUAAUGAUGUGGCCACUAUUGAGAGAGGCUGAAGUUUUAAUGGUGGGCCCUGUACCUGUGAAGCUUUCCCUUACAUUUCAUACACAAACUAUGGUAAACUAGUUUUGUUUUGUCUCUUUUUACAAAAAGGGCUAUAUAAUUAAAUUGCUAAGUAUUUAUUAGACAGCUCUAUAUUUAUAUUUAUGACUUGGAGAAAUGGAUGGAAUGGAGGUUUACAUCCCUUUCAGAAAAAUAUUGUACACAAGAUUUAAACAGAUAGUAAACACUAACACAAGAUUUAUUGCAUUACAUUAGACAGAAAAUAAUUUAUAUUCAAUAGGUCUACAGAAAUAUAGGGGGAUUAAAUGUGCCUAAUAUCAGGAACAAAGUGUGGUUUUUGUAUCAUUAUUCACAGAGAGCCAAGAAGGUGCUAGGAACCUUUUCUGGUAGAAAUGGCUUCACUGG